UGAUAUUGCUUUAACAACUGAUGAGGAAAUUAAACUUCAAGUUACUCUUGAUAGUCUUUAUUAUAGUUGUGGAUCACAAUUGCUACCAGAAGAUCAUGAACUUUCAGAGCAUUUAAGUAUAAUACUAAAUCUUACCUGUGAUUUGCCUAUUAAAUCAACAUAUUUUUCAUGGUGGCUUAAAAAAUUUGAUAUUUGUUAUUGGUGUAGAGAAUCUGAAAGUCUUAUUAAACAUUUUGAUAUACUUAAAAGUGAGUGGAAAACCAUAUAUCCAUUAUGCUCAUUUUGUAAAAAUAAUGAAAAAACAUAG